AUGGUAAUCAUCAAUAACUUAACAUUUAACCAGGACUACUCGUGUAUUUCGGUAUCUACCACGAAGUAUCAUAAGAUAUUCAAUUGUGAUCCAUUUGGAGAAUUCUAUUCUUCUUAUCAAGGUUCAUCUGGUACAAAAGGCGAUAAGCAAAAGGAUAAUGGCAAUGAAAUUAUUAUUGACAAAGGAAAUGGCAAUGAAUACAAUAAAAUAGGAGAGGAUUCGCCUACACUGUAUUUGAAAAUGUUGUUUUCAACUUCACUUACUAUUAUCAUUCCCCAAAAUGAAUCUGUGGGGAACAGGCUAUUAAAGAUAUAUAACUUGAAGCAAAACAUGAAGAUAUGUGAAUUGACCUUCCCGUCGCAUAUAAUAGAUGUCAAAUUGAAUAGGAAAAGACUCUGUGUUAUAUUGGAGAGUGGUCAGAUAUACAUAUAUGACUUGAGCUGUGUCAGGUUAAUAAAAGUAUUAGAAAUCAGUUCAUUUUCUAGCAACGAAGGCGAAGAAGAAACCCACCAGAGACUCUUUGUGGGUGAUCUUGGAGCAGAUGAUACGUCACUAUUAGUUUUACCAAUUUCAAAUAUAACAGAACAAACGGACUUAUUUAACACCGAAAAUGGAGUUAAUGUGACAAGGGCCAGCGAUUCAAACAUUUUAACAUCUCUUAAGCCGCUCAUUGAAUUUACCAAGGAAAAGAUCAAUAAGGACAUCAUUACACUAGAAGACUUGAAGAAGGACUCAAAUGGGUGGGUAUUAAUAUAUGAUACCAUUAAACUUAAGCCCAGAUUAAUCUACAAGGCCCACGACUCAUCCCUAGCUAAAAUUACAAUUUCUAACGAUAACAAGAAAAUAGCUACCGCAUCAUCAAAGGGGACCAUCAUAAGAGUGUGUCAAUUGGAGUCGUCGGACGAUGAGGACGUAACUAGACCUUUCAAGAUAUCGCAGAUAAUUAACUUGAGACGGGGCCACAAUAUAGCCAAGAUCAAUUGUUUGAGCUUCAGCCUCGACAACAUGAUCUUGGGAUGCGGGUCCGAGUCCAACACAAUCCACUUUUUCAGGCUCCUGAAGCAACCGCAUGAAAGCUUCGAGUACGAAGAGGAUCCUGCCAACGAGAGCGAUCCCGAGGACGAAGACAGGUCGUCCGAAGACCUCAACCAGAACUUGGCCAACUUGCUUAUCUCCAAGACCCCCGACGCCUCGGCCCCCGAACAGAAAGACCUGGCCAAGGCCUCGUAUUUCGAUGUCCUAAAGAAGAAGGUCGAGGGCUCAUCCAGGUUCAUGAACAACCCCUACACCCAGACCAUCGUCAAGAACUUGCCCUACAAAAACUACUUCGAAAACCUCAUCUGGGAGCCCCCCAGAAGGUCUUUCGCCUACAUCAAGCUACCAGAGUACACCCCUCCCCAAUUGUUCAAUCUCCACCUGUCGAAGAACAAAGUGGCCAUUGGCUUCGCUAACACCAACAAUACCCACUUGAUAAUGCUUGCGUCCUAUCAAACGGGCCAAUUCUACCACUAUCAGCUACCAAAGCCCUCUGAUCUGCCCGAACCAUCCGACCUGCGUCAUGAGUGCAAUCUAGUCGCCCAGUAUAGUCUAUUAUGA